UGAUUGAGCUCGGGGAAUCUCACACUGGAAUAUACAUGAAGAACAAAAUUCUAGAAAUCUUAGAUGACUAUGGAAUAUCACUAGAUCAAAUCUACAGCAUUACAUCUGAUAAUGGGCGAAACAUGAUAAAAGCCGUCCAAGUGUUAAAUGAUGCCACAGAGGAAUCCCUUUUUGAAGAUGACACAGAAAGUGAGAAUGUUCUGAAUGAACUGGAUACUAUUGAACUUGCUAAUAUAUACCUUGUGAGAUGUGCAGCACACACUAUGCAACUGUGCGUAUUCGAUGUGAACAAGACAAAGGAGAUCGCCGAUAAAAUAAGUUCCUGUCGCACAUUAUGCAAAUUGCUGCGCACAGAAACAUAUAGACGUAUCUUAAUUGAGAACAAAAGAAAAAUACCAUCGCUCGACGUUGUUACAAGAUGGAAUUCGACCUAUUUAAUGCUAAAAAAAUUAUUGGACUUAAAGGAUUUCCUGGCUACGCAGUCUGAUAUUUGUGUAGAUGCCGAUUGGGAUUGGAUGGAGACGUACAUUGACGCUUUCAGUGAUACAUACCAGGCAACCCUAAAGCUACAAGACAAAAAUUUAGUUUAUAGUGAGUUUUUCGUAGUAUGGAUGGAGCUAAAAUUGAAAUGCGAGAAUAGCCACAAUUGGAUUAAAAAAAAACUAACGGCACAGAUAAAAAUAAGGGAAAGCAAAUUGUUACAUGGAUCUCGGGUAAAUUGCAUGUUGACGAACUAUCAGAAAUCGUUAGCAAAGCUUAAUUUAAAAAAAUUAGCUUUUCGUUUAUUUGAGUUGAAAGAAGUAAGCUGUAUGUCGUAGAAUGUUUGAAAUUG